AUGAGAUGCAGCGUGGCAGCUGCCUCCCUUGUAGCUCGCCAGCUGAAUGGAGAGUUGUCAACGUUCAACAAGAACCAUUUUGAGUUCGAAGUCAAAGAUGAGGGAACGUAUGUCAUGAGUCAGGAGCAAAGUCUGAUUAGUGCUUCCUUUCUAGGAGCAGGAGACUCAAACAUUUUUGAGGAGGAGGAAGAGUGUGGAUAUGGGAUUGCUGAAGAUUUGCUUGAUUUGUACGGCCCCAAAGAGAAGUCUCCAGAUCGGAAGGCAGAGCUCAUUGCGACCAUAGACCGUCUGAAGAGAGUCCGCAACCGUAACCGCAGGCUGGAGAACAAGCUUUUCAGAUGA